AUGGACCGCCCCCCAGAAUAUAAAAAAUGGACCAAAGAAGCUCUCAUAAGGAAAAUCCAAAUAUUAGAGACUGCAGCCCAGGCAAGGAGCGAUCCGAAUGCCGCCAAUUCAUCUUCCAUCCAAAAACAGGCCACGGGCGGGGAUGAGAGCCCGCCGCCAAGAGAGGCCAAAAAGAAGCCGGACAAGAAAAUUGAUCCAUCAAAAUUUUCGACGAGGCUGGUAGCCUUUAAACUCGCAUACAUCGGAAAGAACUACGGCGGUUUCGAGUUUCAGGUGAGCGCACAGCUACCAACUAUCGAGGAGGAGCUCUGGAAGGCACUGGUCAGGGCUUGUCUGAUUUUCCCCGAAAACCCGGACGAAGUCAAAUGGGAGGAAUGGGAGUACUCGAAAUGCGGCCGGACGGAUCGUGGUGUGAGCGCUUUCGGCCAGGUCAUUGGCAUCAAAGUCAGGAGUAAUCGACCCUUGCCCAAAAAGCCCGUGGAGGAGACCAAGCCGGAUGGUGGUGCUACGAGUGCGUCAGAAAACGAGAUGGGAAUGGCCGUUGAGAAGGAAUCUGAUAUUCAGCUUGUGGAGGAGAAACCUUUCGACGACUUCUCGGACGAAAUACAAUAUUGCAGAGUAUUAAACCGGCUGCUCCCUCCGGAUAUCAGGAUGCUUGCUUGGUGCCCGACGACGCCGGCAGAAUUCUCGGCUCGACAUCACUGUCGUGAAAGGCAGUACCGAUAUUUCUUCACCCAACCCGCCUAUUCCCCGAUACCCCGAGGCUUAGAAAACCCGAAGGCUAGCAGUGCCGUCAAGGACGGAUGGCUCGAUGUUGACGCAAUGCGCCAAGCGGCGAAGAAGUUUGAAGGCACCCAUGACUUCCGCAAUUUCUGCAAAAUCGACCCCGGAAAGCUGAUUACCAACUUCAAUCGAAACAUUUUCGAGUGUGACGUGGUCCAGGUCAAAGAUGUCGAAACAGCGAUGCCAUACUUGGGCAAAGAUGAGUUCAGGCCAGCGAAUAUGGCCGCAAAUACAGAGCCGUUUCCAAAGGUCUAUUACUUCCACGUCAGGGGGUCUGCAUUCCUAUGGCAUCAAAUCCGCUGUAUGGUAGCCAUCAUUUUUAUGGUUGGCCAAGGAUUAGAGGCUCCUUCCAUCAUCGACGAGCUUCUCGACCACGAGAAGCAGCCCCAAAGGCCGAAUUACACGCUGGCAAGCGAGUAUCCUUUGGUACUGUGGGACUGCAUCUUCCCCAAUCUGGAAGCCACCGAAGACAACGAGCGGAUAAACUCGAUAGACUGGGCUUACAUGGGCGAAGACAGCCCGCUAAACCAGCACGGCGCCACGGGGCUGGUAGACCAGAUGUGGGGAUACUGGCGUGAGAGAAAGAUUGACGAGAUUUUGUCUGGCCAGCUGUUGAAUAUUGUGACUGCCCAGGCUGAUAUCAGUCUGAGGAGGGACCGCAAGGCGCCUGAGUUCGCACCACUUAGCCAGAGGACGUUUGAGGGCGGAAACAGGGAGCGAUUGGUCGGGAAAUAUCAGUCGGUAUUGAAGAAGGCGAAAUUAGCUGCUCCGGAGGACACUUAUGACAAAGAAGCAAGGCGCAAAGGGUAUGCGAAUGCCAACGAGUGGAGGGAGGCAAGGGCAAAGAAGCAUGAGGCGGCUAUGGAGGCGAUUGAGGACAGCUAA